AGUUAGUUAUUAUUGGAAAAUGCUCUUGCCUUAAUGUUUUUCUGGUACUUCCUAUGCAACUUCCUCGAAAGACAUCCAAACAGCUUUCUCAAUACACUUAAUAAAUCAAAAGCCAUUCCAGCUGCCAAUAACCCUUCUCCUUCUAAAUUCUAAACUUUCAACUAAACCAAAUUUAACUCCUUUCAUAUGUACCCUUUGUUCUCAUCCAUUGCCACCUCUCUUUCCUACAUAACUUCCCAAAACAUAUCAUCUUAUAUAUAUGUAUGUAGAACCACAUUGAUCAUAUCAUUAAUUACUCAUAAUAUUUUAUUAUAAUUAUAGCUUCGAUCGAUUUAAUAUUAUCAUAUAAUAAUUAAUUGAUAUGGCGUGCCAAAACGGAGGGGUUAUGUUUGAGGAUUUCUUUCCGGCCAUGGUGGACAAGUUGGGAGCUGAAGGGUUCAUGAAGGAGCUGUGUAAUGGGUUUCGGUUGUUAAUGGACUCAAGGAAGGGAGUCAUCACUUUUGAGAGCUUGAAAAGAAGCUCAGCUUUUUUGGGUUUGGAAGGAUUGAGCGAUGAAGAACUAAUGUGUAUGGUUAAAGAAGGUGAUUUAGAUGGAGAUGGAACUUUGAAUGAGAUGGAGUUUUGUACUCUAAUGUUUAGGUUGAGCCCUGCUUUGAUGCAAAGCUCAGAUGAAUUGUUGGAGGAGGCUUUGAUUAGUGGUAUUUAGUAAUUAAUAAUUAGUACUAUAUAUCUAUAUACUACGAUUAAUUUAUCUACUUAAUUAGUUUUAAAAUGGAUAUUUUUUUUUUCUAUCUCUUUAAUUUAUUAACUUAAUUUAGAAUUGUUGGUUAGAGUCUCGUGUUGUGUUGGAGAGCGUAUUUUGUUUUUUCAUGAGUUGUUUCUGAUCAUUCUAAUUUGUAUUCUGAUUCUUAGAAAGAUCAUUAUCUAUUUCAUGUUUGGUUUCA